AGCCGAAGCUCGGCCGGCAGCCUCUGCCCGGGUCGCAGAGCAGCGGGGUCCGGUAGCAGGUGAGACGGACGACCAUGGCCUCGAUUGCCGAGCGCACCUUCAUCGCCAUCAAACCCGACGGCGUGCAGCGGGGGUUGGUGGGGGACAUCAUCAAGCGCUUCGAGCAGAAGGGCUUCAAACUGGUGGCCAUGAAAUUAAUUCAGGCCUCUGAAGACCUGCUGAGAGAGCACUACAUUGACCUCCAGGACCGGCCCUUCUACGAGGGCCUGGUGCAGUACAUGCACUCGGGGCCGGUUGUGGCCAUGGUGUGGGAGGGUCUCAACGUGGUGAAGACUGGAAGAGUGAUGCUGGGGGAAACAAAUCCAUUUGACUCCAAGCCUGGCACGAUCCGUGGGGACUUCUGUGUUCAAGUGGGAAGGAACAUCAUCCAUGGAAGUGACUCUGUAGAAAGUGCUGAGACAGAGAUCAAUUUGUGGUUCACUCCCGAAGAACUGGUGGAUUACAGAAGUUGUGCUCAUGAAUGGAUCUAUGACUAAAUCUUCCCUGUACCUUCUGGUAUCUCCUGCCUGUAGACAGCUGCUAGGCUCUAGCUGUGGCAAAGCCCUCCCUACACACUGGUAGAAACCUGCCCCAGGAAGCUGAGAUGGCUCUGGUGUGAAUGUUAAAUGCAGUCAGCCUCUGCUGCUGCCUUGGGUGAAGAGCUGCCAGGUUAGAGGUGGAAUCACACUUCUGGAGGUGAGGGAGAGAAGACUAAACACAGAGCAGAGAAUGCAGAUAGUUUCCUGAAACACUCUGUAGUCAGAGGUUAUUUUGGUAACUAGGGAAAAAAAAGGUAAGAAUAUGUUUGGUAAACAGCUGCAAGCAGCCCAGUGUCCAAGGCUGAUUCUGUCCAAAGGUGAGGGCAUGACUGGUGGUUUGUGACUGUGUGCCCAAGUGUGGGGGCCUGAGCCUGCUGCCAGCCCCAGAUGGCUGGGGUCCCUGUGUUCCCCUGUGCACAGCUUCCAGCCCAACCAGCACUUCCUCCAGACUGACACUGUUUCAGCUUGCUUUUUUCCACCCCCCCAGGAUUUAUUUAGCAUUUUAAGGAAGGAUUAAUAGGGCAGGCUUUCUGAAAUGCCCUUUUAUGUGAAAAGAAGAUUAAUGUGAGGAUGGAUGAGGGAGAUCCACCCUCAGCCACUCGGUUGUUGCAGUCCUGACACUGCAGAGAGCAGCAGCUCAGCGAUGUUUGCUGAGCAGCUGGGAAUUCAGCUGGGUCCUUGUUUCUGUCCUUCCCUGGAUAGCUCCAAAGCAAGCUGCUCUGGGGUAAGGUGGGUCAGAAGUGACUUUAGCUAUGGCUUUUAAAUGGUGAUGUAAGGAAAUACAGAAUAAUGCUAAGUGUCAGCACCAGUGUCUACUGCUGUCAGAGAAAACUACUGGAGGGGGAACAAGAAAGGUGUUGGGGUCUGUUCUGUGCUUGUUUACCUGCAGUGCCGAAUCCAUUAAAAACAAGAGUUGCAUGAA